AUGCAUCCAUACCACAGCGACGAUCAAGGACGGCGUCGGUCACAUUCUCCUGGGCCAGAUAUUGCCCUCAACAGUAUGACGCGCGGAUUGCGACGAAUGCGGGCCCAGAGUUUUGCGUCCCCGCCCUCGUCGUCUACCAACAUUGGGCUAUCCCAACAUCAUUUACAACAGCAUCAGCAACAGUUUGGUGGCCAUUCCCCGCACAGCGUCCCCGGGAGCAUGCACCACCACCAAAACCUAGGCUGGUACACGACCAUGUCCACCAGUCCACCGUCGUCUGCAGAAUAUCCGCCUACCAAGCGGCGCAGAAUGUCCUCGAGUGCCUCGUAUCCAGAUCCUGCAGCUUCCAACGGUGCUCAGCACGUCCAGCACGUCCAGCAGCCCCCACCGCCAGUGCCCGUAACGACGACGGGAGGAAACAACGCACCGGUGAUGCAGCAGGCGAGCAUUCCAAAGAGAGGAGCGCGUGCGUGUACUGCGUGUCGUAAAGGAAAGAAUCGGUGUGAAGGAGAGGCUCCCUGCCGACGUUGCCAGUUGAGCGGCACUCAGUGUAUUUUCGAAAAGCCAGAGAAGAAAAAUGUCCAAGUCGCAAACGGAUCUAUCGAGCGCGUCAGCCGUCUCGAAGGCCAAUACUUGGUUAUGCAAUCUCAGAUGAUCGGUCUCCAAUCCUCGCUCGACCGCAUCCUCAACGCACUCCAGAACACUCAACCCGUCUACCCGCCCACGCCAUCCUCGAGCGCAUUCCCCCAGUCUGCCACUGGCCCACGUUUUCCACAAGGAGGUAACCCCGCAGGAGGUCAGCAAGGCGGCCAUCUUUCCCCGGACAAUUUUUUCCCCUCAACGCCAGGAGGUACAUCUGGAUCAGGGACUGCACAAGCUACAGGCAUAAAUGUCGCUCACGGUGCCGCCGUAGGUCGCCCUGCCUCGGCUGGGGCUGCAGGAGGUGGACAAUCUCCCGCCAACAAACGUCGCUUCCCCCCGCUCCCGGGCUUCGCUCCACCGCCUCACAAGUAUGCCACGUACGGAAUUGUCCCGAGUACCGCUCCUUCGUCGGAUGAUGAGAGUGAGGACACGCUUCCUCGCGCGACCUUAAACGCUCCCAUCGAAGCGCUUCAGGGACUUGCAAACGCGGCUGCGGAAGCGGCUGCUGGUACUGGUGCACCAAUCGGUAGCCCGCCUCAUCAACGCCGUCGCAAGCGCAAGCGAGUUGAACCGAUUCCACCCAACCCUUUCCCGCACGUUGUCGAAAAGGGGCUCGUAUCUGAUGCAGAAGCGCGAUCACUCUACAACAUCUUCUUUUCCGGAUGUCAUCUCUUCAUUCCGCUCUUCGAUCCAAGCUACGACACAUACGAGAGCCUCAAAGAACGUACGCCCUUUUGCUUUGACGCCAUCUUGGCUGUGGCCGCAAAGAUCCGUGCAGGAUGUGGUCCACCCGGCGCAACCUUCUAUCGAUGUCUUGAAGAGGCACAAGGUAUCGCCCGCAGCACGCUCUUCGGACCGGUGGUCAGAAAGGAGGCGGUCCAAGCGAUGCUCUUGUUGGCCGCAUGGUCCACGUCUGGAUGGCUCCCGUCUGGUCAUGCAAUGCGCAUGGCGCUCGACCUUGGUCUUCACCGUGCACUCGAAAAGCUCGCAGAUACCAACCCGGCUAGACGUAGGAGUCCAGAGGAGGAGCGUGACCUCGUCGUGUCGGCGCGGAUCUGGCUGUGCCUCUACUGGUUUGACCAUCAGAUGAGUUUGGGUACUGGACGUCCCAUUGUACUCCGAGAUGAGACGUCGGUGCGCCAUUGUAGGAUCCUCCUCAAUCAUCAAUACUCGUCCCCUAGCGACUUGCGUCUAGUUGCACAGGUCGAGCUCAUUGCGCAAAAGACCCAGAUCUACGAGACGCUCACUCCGCUCGACGGACAUGUCAACCACGGCACCUUGUCGUUUAUUCGUCGCGCCAAUGUUGCACUCGACCAGUGGUGGGCAGACUGCGAUGCGUUGCACAGGGAGACGAUGGACGAAGACGCCUUGCUCCGCAAGAUUCUCAUCGGAGAGCUCUACUAUGCCAAACUCUGGCUCGUUUGCGUUGCGCUCCGUGGGGCUGCUUGGGACAAGAUGCCCUUUGAACAGCGCGAGCUCGCUUUCCAGGCAAAGGAAGCGGCAUCCAACUGUCUUGCCACCUUUCUCAACUCGCAGGCGUAUCGCGCUGCACUUCGAUACGCUGUACACGACUCGCUCGUGACGUGUGCAUUCUCUGGUCUGUUCCUCCUCAAGAUUGCCAACCUGUUCCCGGGUGAAGUCGAGCUCCCGUCCAUCAUCUCUCAAGUCGAGCAAUUGGCCCAAUUGCUCUCCGAAGUCGCCGCAGAGCGCUACGCGCUCACGCUCCGACUCAUGCUCGCCAAUUUGCGGAGGAAACUUGGACUAGGGACGGCUGUCCCCACGCCUGGAAUGACGGUGUCAAACAGUGGUGGGAUGGUCGGCACCGAUGAGAAUGCGCUGGCAACUGGUGCAGUCGAUGCACUGCUCCAGCACCAGCAACAACAACAGCAACAGCAACAGGCGGCAGGCGGCGCAUUGGACAAUGGCGCCGGUGCCGUAUAUGGAGCUGGAAGCGGAGACGGGUUUGGCAAUCAGCUCAAUAUGGAAGAGUUUGGGUUCACUUGGCCCGUCGAGAGUGCGGGAUCAUGGAAUCCCAACGCGAUCCCGGCGUGGUUGCAAGAGGCGAGCUUUACCGACUUGGGCUUGCCGAUCAAUGGGAGCGACGACAUUUUCCUCAAUGCGCCCUGGACGAUGGACCUUGGUGGUCCACUCCCGGAAGCAUGGUAA